AUGCAGCAGAUUGUAUUUUUAGCGACCGGUCACUUGGUUGAUGAUCUGGUGAAUCGCAAAAAAAUCAAACUUAUUUAUGCACGGAUAUUUGCCACAGCCUCAGGUCUUAUAGUUCCGGCACUUCUCCUAAUUGCUUUCGCUUCCGUCAAAAAUCUCUUCCUGGCGAUCUUAUUGGUCUCGUUGAGUAUGGGCACAUUGGCACUAAAUUCAGCCGGUCAUUUGAGCAAUCAUGCGGAUGUUGCGCCCAAAUAUGCCGGUAUAACAUUCGCCAUAUCAAACACUAUCGCUACAUUACCCGGACUCACCGUAGGUCCACUAACAGCACGACUGGUGGUGGAAUCAUCGGGACGCUGGUGGCCAGCAUUUAUCCUGGCUGGAGCACUAAAUUUCGUCGGUGCAGCUGUUUAUGCAAAUUAUGCUACGGUCAAACAGGUGAUCUGA